AUGUCUCGCACGGAUCUCACCGACGGCUUUGCCAGCAUGGACACUGAGUCAUUGCGAUCAUUCGCUUCGACUCUGCCAGACGACUAUCACGACUGGAUCUCUGAAUCGGGCCGAUCAUCCAGAAAUGACCAAAUCUUGGAUGACUUUCCUCACCCGCCGAACCGGUCUAAAAAUCUCGAUAUCAUUGAGGAGGAAGCGGCUUAUCCUACCCCCAAAUCCUCAGUGAAGAAUAUGCGGCGCAAUGUGACUACCAACGAGUUGCCCCUGUUACAGGAGAUGAACCCCUAUGAGAAUGCGGAGGAGUUUCAUCCUGUGAAUGAGAAUGAAGAGGGCGUGUCAUAUGACUUGAUUGCACCAUUCGAUGGCGCGGAGGCGCCUUUGCAUAAACUGGAGCGCCUUACAGAUGUGAUGUUUGGGACAGAGCAUAUGCUGCACAUUCUCUCUACACCGCGAUAUCUGGCUCGGUUUCGUGACUUUCUCUACGAGGAAAGACCGCGUUCAAUCUCUACUUUGACGUACUACCUUAAUGCGGCCAAGGCAUUGAAAGCGCUACAAUAUGCCAAUGCGCUGGUGCGCUUGUCUACCGAUGUGCCACCACCCGCAGUCCAAGUUCUUCAGACUAGUAAUGAUCCUGUCGGCAUCACAGCCAACAAGGUGCUGGAGGAAAGGGCUGAAGAUGGCCUCAGGGCGUUGACAGCAGAGGAGCUUCCUGCAUACAUCACAUCAAGAUGCAUAACCAUCACGAGCAAGAUCGUGGAAGAGCGCAUUCGCGGCACUUUACCUUACAAGUUUCGCGAUACAUCAAAUGCAUUGGCCGAGGUGUUUUGUUUGACCGAUCCUUCUCGGCCGGAUAAUCCCAUCAUCUUUUCCUCAGGAGAAUUUCAUCGCACAACACAGUACGGCAUGGACUAUGUCCUAGGUCGUAACUGUCGUUUCCUUCAGGGUCCCAAGACGAACCCAAACAGUGUACGCCGACUCCGAGAAGCUAUUAAGGAAUGCCGCCACCAUUCCGAGCUUUUUCUCAACUAUCGCCGAGAUGGCUCACCAUUUAUGAAUCUCCUUCAAUGCUCACCCUUGUGCGACAGCAAAGGCCGAGUCAAGUACUUCAUCGGUGCUCAAAUCGAUGUAUCAGGAUUAGCUCUCGAGGGCGCGCAGAUGGAAUCCUUAAUUGAGCUCCAAUCCCGAUAUCGAGACCCCGACGAAGAAAGUAUCGCCCAAAUGCCCGAAUCGAAGCCCAAGGAAGAGUUUGAAGAACUCUGCGAAUUGUUCAGCCCCCGCGAGCUAGCAUCAGUCCAUGAACAUGGAGGUGAUCUCUUCCAACCGAUGACCGGACGGUCCAGCUCGCGCAAUGGGCAUCGGACCCGGCUCCAGCGCGGUAACUCCGUGGACAGCGAAGUCGAAGCUAUCCGACUACGAGAUCUCAAGUCGCCCACGCCUAAGGGGGCUUUAGCGGGCGUCUAUGAGAACUACCUCCUCAUUCGCCCUUACCCUUCCCUGAAGAUUCUUUUUACGUCCCCCUCCCUUCAAAUUCCCGGCAUGCUACAAUCAUCAUUCCUCUCCCGAAUUGGCACCAACAGUUCCGUGCGCGAAGAAAUUCUACAAGCAAUGAUAGCUGGCCGCAGCGUAACAGCGCGGAUCAAGUGGGUGACGCGCUUCAGUGCCGAAGGCCGUAACCGUUGGGUCCACUGUACACCACUCUACGCAAGUAAUGGACAGGUCGGUGUGUGGAUGGUUAUAGUUGUGGAUGAUGACGAAGAGCAGAUAAUUCAUUGGCGGAACUAA